AUGGCUCUGACUGAGGUCCCUCGGUCUACCCGUGGGUACGGAGACAAGCGGCUCCCGUUUCACAGGCGGUACGUGCAGCGCACCCCGCUGAAAACUGUCUCAAGCAGCAAGCGCAGCCCUGGGACAAACUCAGCCUCCCCGCCGCCACGGCGCGCCCCGCUGCCCCUGCGCCCCGGGAGCCCGGGCAAGCCGCACGGCGCCGCGGGGCCGGGCCGGGCCUCCUCAGCCCAGCCACCCCCCGGGCAGGGCGGCAGCCGCCGCCGCUGCCCCGCUCCCGCCCCUCCAGCUGCGAGAGGAGCCCGGAGAGGGGCAGGACUGGGACGCGCACACCUGCCCCGCGCAGGUGCCGGCCGCGGGGCUGGGCAGGCAGGGGCGGCCGGCCCGCCCCGGGGCCGCUGCCCCUCCGAGGGGAGGCCGAGCCGAGGGGAGCUGGCAGCGCCUCUCGCCGUCUGCCCCUUCCCCUCCCGCGCGGAGCCCCUUCCCGGUGGGAGGCGGGAGCGCUCCCGGGCACGACGGGCUGAUCGCAGCCAUAAAAUAACCACCCCGGCAGGGGCCUCAGGCAGCCGGCAGUCCCGGCGGCGGCCGGGGCGGGCGAGCCGCCAAGCCGGGGCGGAGGCGGGCCGACACCUCUGCCCCACGCCCGCCGCGCUCCGGCCGCCGGUCCGCGCCUUGGCCCGCCUCGCCUCGCCCGGCCACGGCCCGGCCCCGCCACCUCCCCGCAGGGCGGGCGGCGCGGAGUCAGUGCGUGCCCGGCUGUUUGUGCGCGGUGACUCGCCCCGGCCCCUCGGCGGAGCCUCCACCCCGCGGGCGGGGAACCGCCCGGCCCGCCCGGCCGCGCUCCCUGCCGUGACCCUCCCACCGCCACUCACCCCGCCGGCCCGGGGAGCCUGGCAGGGCGAGCGGCGCCGGCGUCAUGUGACAGCGCGGCCCGGUGCCAGGAGCCCGGGGGGAAGGCGAGCGGGCGGGCGGAGGGCGGGAGGCAGGGCGGCGGGCGGGCGGGCAGCUCCUCCUCGCACACAGACCCGGAGCCACCGCGGAGGCGCCUCAGCCGCGGGACACGCCGGCCUUGCGCUUCGGUGCCGCCGCAGCGCGACACCCCCCCCCCCCCCCCAGCCCCCGCCACCUAGCGCGACCCCCGGCAUUGCGGGAGCCGACGGAGGCCCGGCACCCUCCGCACCGCCCGCCGAGCGUAAGUGUGAGGGCGCGGGGGGGGGGGGGGGGGGGCAGAGACGGACCGGGCUGGGCUGUGCCGGCUGCUGGAUGGAGGUGCCGGAGGAGGAAAGUUUCCAGGCGCUGCGAGCGACGCGGAGCCCGGGGCGGCACGCAGUGGGACGCCGCCGGCACCCGGGGGCGCGGGAGCCGCAGCCGGGCCGGGGGGCGGCGGGGACAAGCGUCUCCGUCGGGUCGCAGCUGCGGGGAGGGGGGGGGGGGCAGGACUCGUCUCGGCGGGGCCGCGGGGGCUCACAGCAGGGCUCCCUCCGCGGCGCCUGUGAAACUUCCUGCGUGGCCGCCGGCGCGGUGAGGUGGCGGGAGCAAGGGGUGGGGGGCUGCCGCUGCCUGCCGCGCCCGCCCGGGCGGGCAGCGCACCUGUGUGGCCGGCGCCGUCGGCCGGGGCCGGGGCCGGGGCCGCCUCCCCCGCGGCGCCCUCCCCCGCCGGCCGCGCUCCCCGGCGGGGGGGCUCUGGGGCCUCCCGCCCGCCUGCCCCUGGCGGGAGGGCCUGCGGGCCCCCGCCCCUUAGGGCCGCCCUCCCGCCGAGCGGGGCCGCAGCCCCCGGCCGCCCGCCGCGGUGCGACAGGCUCGUCUUCGGUUAGAGAUUGGAGGAAGCGUCGUCGGAUCCCCCGCGGGAUGUCGCGCCGGACGAAACUGAGGUGA